AUGACUGUGAAUGGCCCCACGACCACAUUCCAAGGCGUUGUCGUCGUUGGUGCCGGUCCGGUGGGACUUCUGAUUGCUCUUCGACUUGCGCAAGCUGGCAUCCGUGUCCAAGUCCUCGAAAAAAAUCCCGAUUUGAACGACGCUCCACGGGCAUCUGGUUAUUUCGGAGGCGCUUUAUUGGCUCUGAAGAAGGCAGGAAUACUGGACAAGGCGCUUUCCCUUGGUUUUGCGGGGCGAGGGAUUGCUUGGAGAAAGCCUUUGGCCGACGAUGGCCUUGGGAAUAAGCGUAUGGGAGACAUCCUUGCUCACCUCAAUGCUAUUCUGUAUCUCCGUCAGUCUGUACUCUCAGAAUUGAUCUUCAAUGAGGCGAUGCGCUCUGGAUUGGUCGAAGUCCACUUCAAUAUGGAACUAGUGGGCUUGGAAAAUCAGCCGGAUUCUGUGGUAGCUACGGCGCGAGGAAGUGAUGGCACUACUCGCCUGUUCCGUGGGUCGUUCCUGGUGGGGGCAGACGGUGGGAAAUCCGCGGUUCGUAAACAUCUGGGAAUCCCCUUCAAAGGCCACACGUGGCCAGAGAAACUCGUGGCGAUAGAUGUCCUCACAGAGGGCGCGGCUCCUGAUCCUCAAUUUCCAACCUCUAUGAUCAUUCAUCCAAUUCAUUUCGGCGUCAUCACCCCGCUGGAGAAGCCCCAAGGGGGUGAAAAGACCCUGUUUCGCUGUGCAGUGGCUUUGGAUUCAAAGGAUACCCGUUCUGACGAGGAGCUAUUGUCAGAGGACAGCCUAUCCUCUCUACUGGGGGAGAUGAUGCCUGGGCCGAGACCAUUGCCUGCCCGGGUGGUUCGCUCUUCCCCAUACCGGAUCCAUCAACUCUGUGCCUCGACAUUUCAUCGAGGCCGAUGCAUCUUGGCCGGUGACGCAGCUCACCUGAACAAUCCAGUUGGCGCGCUCGGCUUGACAACCGGUAUCCUCGAUGCUGAAGCUGCUGCAGAUGCUUUAGAGCUUAUCAUCAAUGAAGGGAAGCAGUUGGAAGCGCUGCGCAUAUACUCGCACGCCCGUCAGAAAGCCUUCCAGACUUUCGUGAAUCCUGUCUCUACGGCCAACAAAUUGCGUAUCGCCAAUGAUCCUGAGGCCGCCACUGAGGACUGGUUUUUGCGGGCAAUGCUCGACCCUACUCCUGAAACUAUCGAGGAGUUUACCAAACCCUUUUUCGGCAUCUGGAGAACGAACAUGCGCGAGGAGAUGCGGCGCAGACAACUCUAG